CCGUGGCGGAGGCGGUGGCGGAGGCCUCCGUGGCGGAGGCGGAAGCGGAGGUGGAGGCUGAGGUGGAGGCCGAGGCCGCGGCGGCGGCGGAGGCCAGCCUGGGGGAGGCGGCGGCUCUGGCCGGGGAGAAGGCAGAGGCCCCCGGCGCGGCCGCGUCGGUGGCAGCCUCGGAGGCCAGCCUGGCGGAGGCCACGGGGGCCGCCGCGGAGGCUGCCGCGUCGCCCUCCUACGGGAGGGUGGACAUGGAUGAAGAGCUGGCGGCGGCCCUGGCCGCAGAAGAGGAGGAGGCCGCGGCGGGGGGCUCCGACGAUGGCAACCCAGACUUUCCCACGGCGUCGCUGUACGUGGGCGACCUGCACCCCGAGGUGACCGAGUCCAUGCUGUAUGAGAAGUUCAGCCCCGCAGGGCCCAUCCUGUCCAUCCGCCUCUGCAGAGACAAGGUCACCCGGCGCUCCCUGGGCUACGCGUAUGUCAACUACCAGCAACCGGUGGACGCCAAGCGGGCCCUGGAGACCAUGAACUUUGACGUUAUCAAUGGCAGGCCGGUGCGCAUCAUGUGGUCCCAGAGGGACCCGUCGCUCCGCAAGAGCGGCGUGGGCAACGUCUUCAUCAAGAACCUGGGCAAGACCAUCGACAACAAGGCGCUGUACAACAUCUUCUCGGCCUUCGGCAACAUCCUGUCCUGCAAGGUGGCCUGUGACGAAAAGGGGCCCAAGGGCUACGGGUUCGUGCACUUCCAGAAGCAGGAGUCUGCCGAGCGGGCCAUAGAUGCGCUGAAUGGCAUGUUUCUCAACUACCGCAAGAUUUUUGUGGGGAGAUUCAAGUCCCACAAGGAGAGAGAGGCCGAAAGGGGAGCCUGGGCCCGCCAGUCCACCAGCGCUGACCUCAAGGAUUUCGACGAUGACUCCGAUGACGAGGCCACCUUUCGAUGAACACAGCCCAGGACCCAGCCAGUAGAGCCAAAUCUCGGCUCCCACCCCGUUUACAGCCCCCCGCGCCCCCCCCCCCAACCCACCAGCAGUGUAUUGUAUUGGGAGUGCAGGUUUCUCUCUCCCUCCCUGUUUCUCCCUCCCCCCCUUCACCCGGCCUCCCUCCCCCUUUUCCUCUUUCCUUUCUCUCCCCUACCCUCCCUCCCUCUCCUUCCCCCCUCUUCCUUUCCUCAUCCCCCUCUCCCUGGAGCUAGCUGGCUUCUCCAUCCCCUCUUCUGCUCUCAGCCCCUCUCUUCUCCCAUCCUCUCCUCCUACCCCCUCAGCCUCCCCCCCCCCCGCCCUUCUCCCCAACCCUAGCAAGGACCCUGAGAAUAACCCCACUAAUCUGUGCCAUUGGAGAAGUUGAAGGCUGCCUCUUCUCGCGGUGCCUCUUCUUGGUCUGAUUCUUAAAAGCGUUUUUUCUGUCUCUUUGUUUACUGCACAGGUGAUGCAACUCAUGGUAGAACUAUCUGGAAGGAGAAGGAAGUCUGAUGUGGGAGAAAGAACCAAGAGUGUAAUUGCUUCCCACCAUCCUAAUACCCAGAGAGAACCUCUUUUAUCUUCUUUGGUGUGCUGUUUUUCCAAGCUCUCUGCUUGCCCCUUCUCUGCCUCUUACCCCACACCCACCUUCCCUUUUAACAUUCUCGUAGAGUGGUUCAUGUAUGUGGUGUUUCUCAACCUGCUUUUUUCAGCGACUAAAACCAAACAGAAAUCAGCGCAUUGAACUUCUUUCCAUGCUAUUCAACAGGCUUAUGGAACGUCAUCUUCAGUGCCUGCAGAGUGCUCCUAUGUAUCCAUGGACCUUAACAUUUCUGUAAUCAUUCCCGCAUUGUUGGACAUUCAGGUGGUGCCUAGUUCUUUCCCUGUGUUCAAAACCAACACUGCGUGCCCGUGCCCUGAUGAGUGAAUCCCUCCUUGUCAAGCCAGCUCUAGGCUAGCACCCUGGAUGGUCUCUCCUCAACUGUGGACUUGCAGGAUCCACAUAUAGACGUUUCAAAGACUUUCCCUGUGUGUUGCCAAAAGGCUCCCUUUCAUAAGCAUUGUACCAGUUUGUAUUUGUGCCAGCUAGCCAGUGCAGCUAGUAAAAAAGAAAAAAAAAAUGAGUAUGCCUAUCUACCCUGCAGUCUCAUGGCCCGCCCCCUCCUCUUUUGUGUGUGUGUGUGUGUGUGUGUGUGUGUGUGUGUGUGUGCAUGUGCAGUGUCAUGAACUGCAAAUGGCAUUUUCACUGUCAUGGUUAUUUCACUGGAAUUGAAUGCUGUUAAUCACAAGGAAGCAUUCCCGCUGCCUUUCCUUUUCCCUCUUGCCAGAAAAAUAAAUCAGCUAGGUUGCAGGAAAAACAAAAUCCCUAAGCAGAUGAUUUGACAGAAGAAAUUGAAUGCUAUCAGCAAUCAAUCCUAAUGACUCCCAUGCCUUCUUGAAUUGUACUCAUCUGUAUGUGCCAGUGUUUUUCAUGUGAUAUAUAUGUGUAUUUAAUAUAUUUCAAUAUCUGCUUUUUCAUGCAUAAAAUAUAAUAUAGAUUAUAGAUAUAGAUGUAUAGAUAUUCUUGAACUUCCUUUCAUUGUCAUUAAAUAUUCUU